AUGACUGGGAACCUCCUCAUUGUUUUAUUAGUUGCAGUGGAUCAACACCUACACACUCCCAUGUACUUCUUCUUGGGCAAUCUCUCCUUCUUAGAGUCUAGCUACAGCACAACCAUCAUGCCAAAGAUGUUGGCUGGACUGCUGACAGGUGAUGGAAGUAUAUCUGUCAAAGCCUGUUUGAUACAAUUUUUUAUCUUCUCUUUCUUGGGAGGAGCCGAAUGCUACCUCCUGUCCGUGAUGUCUUAUGACAGGUACUUAGCAGUGUCUAAGCCAUUGCAUUAUGCCACAGUCAUGAAUGGCAGGUUAUGCAUGCAGCUGGCAGCUGGAUCUUGGGUAAGCGGAAUCUUGGUUGGCACAAGCAUAACUGUCCGGGUAUCACAGUUAUCUUUCUGCGGCCCGAAUGAAAUUGAUCAUUACUUCUGUGAUGUAAUCCCUGACAUAAAACAGAUAUCCUGCAGUGACACACAUUUAGUGGAACUCUCUGCCUUUAUAUUUGCCUGCAUUUUUACCCUACCUCCUUUCCUACUUACCCUGACAUCCUAUGCUUUCAUCAUAGCUACUAUCCUCAGAAUCCAGUCCAUUACUGGAAGGCAAAAGGCUUUCUCCACCUGCUCCUCUCACCUUAUGGUGGUUGCCUUGUUUUAUGGAACACUCAUGCUGGUCUAUAUGCUCCCAAGGUCCAGGAAUCUCAGAUUUGUGAAGAAAAUCUUCUCUCUCUUCUAUACUGUUCUAACGCCCAUGGUCAACCCCCUGAUAUACAGCUUGAGAAACAAAGAGGUGAAGGAAGCUUUGGGAAAAGGGAUCAGGAAGCUCUCAUUCUACAUAAUAUUUCAAAAAGCUAGUUUUUAG